UUCUAGCUGUUGCACAGUAACAUCACGAGUGGCUGCUACAAAUACAGCACAUGGUAUCGCUCUGGCAGCAGCUUGUAAACGACGGACACAACCGGACCUCAAACAGUUACUGCAAGUCGUUUGUGUUUGUGAGGAGGCUGUGACUGAAGCGUUGUGUGUUAGUGAGUUUGAGUUGAGGGCUUUAUAAAAAAAAAAACACACACAUACACACACAUUUGUCUGCUUGCAGAAGAGCUAGCAUGUCGUCUGCAACAAAUUCAUCGAAAAGCUGCCCCAUCCCCACCAGGGUGCUCACCCUGAAGGACUGGUCCCAGCUACCCGACUGCUACAGCCAGACACCCGGGGGUACCCUCUUCUCCACCACGCCUGGAGGUACCCGCAUCAUUUACGACAGGAAGUUCCUGUUGGAUUGUCGAAACUCUCCUCUUGCCCGGACCCCCCCAUGCUGUCUGCCCCAGAUCCCGGGGGUAACAGUACCUGCUACACACCCCAUUGGGAAAUUGCAGGAUCUCAAAGAGGAGGCAGAGGAGGAAGAGAAGGACAUUGCAGAUGACAGCCAGUUUGAGAUGGACAUCUGAGCUCCAGUAUUACCUCCUGUGGAGAGUUAUUAGUUAAACCACCUCCAUGGUCAGUGAUGACCGUAAUGCAUUACAUUAUGAAGCUUUUUUUUUUUUCACCUUUUUUUUAAAAAACAAAAGCUUUUGUGAGAAACCAAAACGAAUGGAGGGAAAAGUUAGAAAACUAGGGUGUUUUUGACCCUAAAAAGUGUGUUCGGCAAAGUAAUGGUAUUAAGUGGUUUGAUUGGUUGCUCACUCACUUCAGAGUUGCAGCAGGAUUGAAAAAAUCCAUUUUGAUUUCACUUUUAUAUCUUUUGUAAAUAAGAAAAUUGUACUAUGUAGCCUAUUUUUUAAGUUGGGGAAUAUAAGAUGAUUACAUUAAGACAUGUAAAGUAGGGUUUUUCACUGAUGGCAUCAGUUUUGUUUUAUUUUUUUUCCCCCCAAAAAGGAAGGCAUACUUUCUUUGUCUCCUAACUUGGGGGGUCAGGGCCUACUGAAAAUCAGCUCCUGUUUUCUAUGGAGAGAGAGAUUAAAUGUGAAUAAGUUCAAAUAAAGGCUAUCAAACUGUCAA